AUGGCUCUCAUGAGGUUUGCUCACCGAGCAUUUAUAAAUCCCGUUUCUCCAUUGCCCAAAUUCUCUCGCUUGGCUUUCACACAAGGUGCCUCUCGACUUUAUGCAACUCUACAUGUAGACGCGGGUCUCCAAGAUAAUGUCGUGGAUAAGGCAGCCAAACCCUAUCUUUCCAGACGCCUCAAAUUCAAUGCCGAGCACUUCAAACAAGACGUCUCUGAACUCUGUACCACGCUCAACGCCGAUUAUAACGAAGGAGUCAUGAAUGCAGUUCUCAACACCUACAAGGAGAAUUUCGAGCGUGGUGCUGUGCUCUGGAAAGCUACAAGCAAAGAAGAUGGAGUUGCAUUCCGCUUUUAUGAACGCAAGAAAGUGGACGUCGUUGGACCUGCCAUCAAUAAUAGUCUGAUAUCAGGAAAUCAUGGCAUGAUACCUCUCAUCACAUCUUGGGCAAAUUUCAAAAAGAAUGCCAUCGCUUCCUGCGACUUCGAUCCGGCCAAGGGGCUCUGUAAGACUUGGAUAUGGCUCGGUGGCCGUCACCCUACCAGAGAUCUCCUUGUUGCCCCAAAUGUUCCUGGAACUAUCCGCUCCCUGGAGCGUAAAUUGAUUUCUGCAGGUCUACACACUGUACGACAUGCCGCUGUAGAUUGGCGCUCGUCAACCGUCAACCUAUACUUCUGGGUUCCGAGACCGCUCACCUUGCCAGUCGUGAAUACAUUGAUUACACUUCCUGGAACGCCGCCAAUCAAUGAGGAGAAGCUCACCUUAAUGAAGCCAUUCUUCAAGCCUAAUGGUUUCACCUUUGCAACGACCAUCGAUACAGCUACUGGAAAGUUCAAGCGGGUUUCCUUUUACGCCCUUCGGUUGGAUGGCAACAACCUUCCGAUCAUGGGUGACCAGCUGGCUACUUUCUUCAAAGAUGCCCCAAGCAACGACAAGACCGAAAUGAACAUUGUCGCCUGGAGUUUCGCUGGAGGGUCCAACGGGUCCUCAAACUACAUCAAGGGUGAGCGCAGCUACAUCGGAGAUCUGGAGCAAGUCCUCGACGCAUGGGGUUCUCCUAUAUGA